GCUCAGGAUGCUUCACGAAUUCGCUGCUCUUCAUCAUGCCGAGAGAGAAAGGCAUGCGGCUGCGCAGAUUCCUUGAGUUCCUGGAGACCUUUAAGUACAAUGAACGUUUCGAGUGCUGGUGAAGAUAAUCAAAGAACGCCGCGCUGUGGUUUCGUGCCGGAACUCCACCUCUUUGGGGAGCAGGAAACGCGCCUUCUUUUGAUAGGACAGGUUUCCGUCGCGAUUUUUCCGUUUCCCAGGAGGUAAUCCUCGUGAUUUUCCGCAACUACAAGGUGGAGGAUCGGAGUAAAAUUAGUGAGUAUCAACUAACAGUGUAGUAAAUACCUAGAUCAUAUUCACUCAGCAAGUCGCAGUGCUAGUCGAGCGUCGUGCGCAUGUACGAUACAGCUACCUGUAGGUCGUCCAGAAGUAGUUCUCUGUGUGCGUAAAUCAUGCACAGAAGAGCUUUGGGGCGGGACGAGGAAAAUACUUAUCAAAGAAAAGAUCCUUGUACAACGAGCGCGCUGCAAGACGGAGGUAAAUCUUUCUGUCUGUAGACGUGACAUGGCCUUAUAAAUAUGGUGCGGGGGAAGAACAAUCUACAAAAAGUAGUGAGGCAUGUAAGAUGCGAGGGAGUGCUGUUUGGCUAUAGUUCUGUGGACUUCUCAUGAGCAUCGAACGAUCUGCGGUAGAUCUACUUCAUGCUCGCUCGAUGAUGAAGAAGAAGAGCUGCUUUUUCCUGGCGUGGUGGAUAAAUUGCAUGGCGUCGGACAAGCGUUGCUGUCUCCCUCGUUCGGACUCAUCGAUUCUCUCGUCGGGCGACAAGCGAAAUGUUAGAUGAACGACAGGCGGGCUGUAGUAUGUAUGAUUAAAGGGCCUCAUGCACAUGCAAAUUAGUAGUGGCAGCAGUAUUAACAGUAAGGCUAAGACCCCUUAUUUUCCUCGGCCUACAAGUACUUCUUAGAGGAAGCAUCCGACAACUCAAUGAGCCCCAUCGCUCUGUCCGACGUAGCGUAAGGCAGCUGCAAUUCACAUCCGUGAUGAAACAAGCAGCAAGGAUGCUCUCGCGCGGUAUACUGAUACGUAGCGAAGUACCGAUCAUGAUGACGAGAACAAGAAGAAUUGCCCAUAUCUGCUGCUGUUUAUAUAGAAUUUUUCAACUUUUUAGUAUUGCACCGUCUUCGAGUUUUUUAAGGUAGUCGAGUUGUGAUCCAGUCAGAUGCUGGAUCAUGAUGUAGUCAAGAAUGCAAUUCCGAGCUCGCCCUAUUUAUGCCAAAGAGGCAAUAAUCAUGUUGCAUGCAGCUUGCUACGCCUCCAUCUCUUUUGCUUUGGGCCGCACGACUCGCGCAGUUGGCGUCGAGUUGGAUAUUGCUCGCUGCCCGUCUCGUGCGGCCCAAAAGAAUCAAAAAAGGAUAAAUAGGUAGUUUCGAUCUUCUAAACGUUUAGGUAGUGCAUUGAUGCUCUGGAUUUUUUGGCCGUCCAAAUAAAACGAAAGCGGACAAGAUUGUUUUCGCAUACCGAACGAAAAUUGAUUAAGUGUACAAAUGAAGGUUCCACUGGACUGAUAAACUUUAUUAGCCCACACAUUUAGUUUCUACACCUUUGCAGCAUUUCCCGGACGAAAGGAAAAGCAGAAGUGGAGUUGCGAUUUCAUUUUCGAUUUUUCUUUGCAUUUGACGUACGUUCAUUCAUACUGGUCUUGUUUAUUUUCAGGGGAGUUGCACGUAAUAGAUGUAGAGAAGAGGAACAAAACGGUUCUUCACGUGCCACGAAAACAGAGCUCCGACACGUUGAUGUUGGGAAAAAUGCACACAUCUUUUGCAUCGGAAUCGAUUAUUUUUAUCGAGGAGGAUUUUUGGGGAUGAAUCAUGAUGAAAAUAAUAUGAC